AUGAGGAGGUUUAAAUUUAACGAUCUCCCGAAAGAGAUGAUGUUACAAAUUCUAAGUCGAUUACCAGUUGAAUUCGUUUUAAUCUCCAAAUUGGUGUGCAGACAAUGGAGGGAUCUUAUUCGUCAUCCAUCUUUCUAUCAAGAGUACUUGGAUCAUCUUAGUUCUGCUGCUGCUGAUGAUGAUUCUGGUAAGUUGGGUUUCAUAUUCUUUAGUUAUGAUCAAGGGAUGAAAAUUUAUUACAUAGAGCAUGAUGAGAAUUCACAUGAAACACUGUUUAGUGGGAUAACAAGGAUGAAUUUGAACCCUCCGUUUAACGAUUGGUCUUGUAUUGGUUCACAAAAUGGUUUAAUUUGCUUCGAUUCGAGGUAUAUGGGUAUGUCGAAUAAACAUCAUUCUGGACCUGCUUAUGUCUGUAAUCCAGUCACUAGAGAAUAUGUUGUCCUUCUAGAUACUGAAGGAGUGUACUUGUGGACUGGGUUUGGUUAUAGUUGUGAAACUAAUGAGUACAAGGUUGUUAGGAGCUGUUUCGACUCGAUAGACCCAAAUGUUGGAACUGCUCAAGUAUAUACUCUUGGCAGUGGUGGUGGAUGGAGAAAUGUGGCAAAGAUCAACAACAUGAAUAGGAAACACGAUAGACAACAUGGUGUGUUUGCAAAUGGAGCUCUUCAUUGGGAAAACGAACACAGGGAAUCCAUUCUUGCUUUCCAUUUGACUGAGGAAAAGUUUAGUGAACUUCCAUUACCACCUGCUGGUGUUCCAUAUAUUUCUAUUGAACUAGGAGUUUUAGGUGGUUUCUUAAGUGCUACUUAUUAUCGCGAAGACAUUGGGAAUGAAAUAUGGUUAUUGAAGAAGAAUAAAGAGACUUGUGACUUCAGAUGGAGUAAAGAGUUUAGUUUUGACAGUAAUAUGCAGAAGCCAUUGGAGUUUACGAAGAGUCGUAGGCUUCUGUGCUAUAAGAAUACCAAAGUAUAUAGUUACGAUCUAAAAGCUUCAUCUGCCAAAGUUGUUAGUGUUGACAAGUUUAUUAAUCAAGCAAUCCGUCACAAGAAUACCUUAGUUUCAUUAAGAUUAUUGGGAGAAAGAGAUACAAAAACAAUGGAAUCCUGUGAAAGAGCAAGUUCUAGGGAGGAGACAGAAAAUGGUGGUAAAUUGAAGAAGCGCAGAACAAUAAGAAAUCUCUAG